AUGGAAAAACUAGCAAAAAAAAUAGAAGAAAAAAUGAACGAAAAACUGUCUAUUUUUAGAGAAGAAAUUGCUGAUUUGCUGAACCAAAAUCUGUAUAAAAAAGAUGUAAACGAACCAAGAAUCCUGAACGAAACGGAAAAGAUACAUCCAAACGUAGCAGACAACUUAAACAUUCCUGCGAAGACGAGAAACCCUCAGACAUGGGCGAGCGUGUCAACAAAAAAGAAACUGCCUCGAAAUGAAAAGGGCACCACAAUUAACAAAGAAAUGGUAGUUGUGGAGAACAAAAGGACGAAUGAAAUUAAGAAAAACAAUGUUCCAACCCUCAGACGUCCCAAAGGGUCUGUGGCGGUGUAUAUUGUUCGUGAAAAAGGUUGCGAGUACGACAUGGCCCAGAUUAUGUCGGAAGCUAAGAAAAAUAUCAAACUAACGGAUAUUGGAAUAGAUUCUCUGAGACCGAGAACUUCAUUAAAUGGAGGACUGAUCUUGGAGAUUCCAAAAAAAGGAAUGGAAAUGAAUGCUGAAAUACUAGCAACAGAAAUGGCAGAUGUGUUAGCCGGGAAAAAAGUUAAGAUAACCUGCCCGAAGAAGACGAAAGAACUGGUAAUUACAAACCUGGAUAUUGCAACAAACGAAAAUGAAAUUUUAGAAGCAAUAAAAAAAGAAUCGGGCUCCAAACAAGAAGUUGAAAUAGGUAAGAUUAGAUUGAACAACCGUGGAACUGGCGCCGUAUGGAUAAAAUGUAGCGAGGAAACGGCGUUUUGCCUGUUGACGAAAGGCAAACUCCAGAUAGGCUGGUCAGAGGUGAGAUUUCAGGAAAUCGACAAAAGGCCAAUACAGUGCUAUAAAUGUUGGCACUUCGGACACACCAGAAUUAAAUGCACUAGUGAGAUAGACCGACAGGGCUGGUGUUAUAAGUGCGGAGGAUCUGAGCAUACCGUCAGACAAUGUAAUGCAACCUCGCUAAUCUGUAGGAUAUGUGAAGAAGCCAACUUACAACAUAACCAUCGAAUGGGAUCGAAAGAAUGCCCGACACUUAAGAGAUACAAAUCGAGCAUUCCGAAUAAAGCUAAUGUGUUAAAUGCUACGCAACGGGAGAAAAAGAAUACAGCGCUUAUCCUGAAUACUCCAAGGAAUCUGCCAGACGUAGAUGAUAGCAAUCCGCAAACAGAAUGCAGGCCGGAGGUAACUGAAAACAGUCAAAAUUAG